AUGGCUAACACUACUCUUACUUCGUGGAACACCACUGUCCUCCCGUCGAACGUGACGGUCCUUGCCGGCUCUGAUAACAGCAAUGAGUUCACCCGCGCGAACGUCAUUGGGAUGUUCUUGACUCUGCAGCUGUGCCAGAUCACUCAACCAUAUGGAAGUCUCCUCAGCCAGUCCGGCCGAUUCUUCUGGCGUUGCAAUCCCAUAUCAUCGUUCGUCGAGUGUCUCAUCAUUUUCUGGCACCUCGGAUGUGUUGUUUUUCGUUCGGUGAAGGAAAAGCGUCCGGCACUGCUCAGAAGCCUCCGGGAGGCCGCCGGUGGCCUUCUUCUACUACGAGGAGGUCUUUGCAGUGACGAUUCGGCCGUAUUGAUGCAGAAGUUGUUGACCGGAAGUUUUUUGGACAAGGACGACCAGAGCGUGCCACAUGCAGUCUCUCAGACGACACCACAGCAUGGACGCGGAGAUAUUGCCAUGAGCCAAAGGCAGGAUGCAUCCCAUUCUACAGUGCCAGCAGCGGACUGGACUCUCGAGGCCAAUCGAAGCCAUGCCUUGGACCCGAUGACAGAAAAAUCUCGAAUCCUUCACGAAGCUUUGGGAUCCAGUGUCCUGGCCCACAAAGAGCUGCGCAUCGAUCUUUUAGCCGCCUUUACAGAGCUCGCAGUCCUCAUCAAAGUUGUGAUUGUUAAUGGUAAUCGCUGGCUUGUCGUCGCUGGCGUUUUCCUAGUACUGGACGGGGUGGCGAUUCAAGCGCUCUUGGUCCUUCUUCAUUGGCGAGAGUUGGACGAGUUGCAAAUGACGAGCACGAUUCGUAUGCUAAGAAUCCUCGAUAUCGAACUUGGGCCGCAACGACGCUGGAAGUUUAUCUGCAUGUUCCUGCAUUUGUCCUUCUUCGGAUAUCUGGCCUAUCUCGCUUUCACUCAUCCUUGGCUUCCCAAGGAUGCCACCGGCUUCCUCAGAUUUCUCAGAGACCACGUGGGAAUCAGUGAUGUGGAAGCAGCAGCCAUGGUCAAGAAAUACUUCAUUAUCUAUGGUUUGCUGUGGUGGGUCUGUGGUACGAUCGCCAUUCCAGGCCUCUGCAAGAAGGGGGCUUUCGGUAUCUUGUACGCAGUCUACUAG